AGGGGGAAGAAAAGAACCUCCUUUUUCCCUAAAAAAAAAAAUCAAAAUUUCUUGUUUUUUACAGGUUUCCCCGUUCGUUAAUUUGUUCUUUCUUGUGAAUCGAUCCAUCGAUCGUGGAUUGCUUAAAUUGUCUACCUAUCCGCUGCUAGAUCUUUGGCCAUUUUUUUCUUUUUUCUUUUGAUUCUUCUUUUCUUUAGACCAUUUCUCGAAAGAAAGAAAGAAAGAAAAAGAAAGAAAGAAGAAGAUAAAUUAACAUUCGAGUGCGCAUAUAUAUCGUGUUUGAAUGGACGUGGAGUGUAUAUCGCCUUCUAAUGGCAUUGAAGAUGAGGAGAUCCCAUCUCAUCAUCAUCACCAUCAUCAUCAAUUUUCUUCAUCCAAGCCCCGCAACAACCCUGUCUCAACCACCGGCAAUUCUCCGGCCACCAGCGUUCAUGAAUUGCUCGAGUGUCCUGUUUGCACCAAUUCUAUGUACCCUCCAAUCCAUCAGUGUCACAAUGGGCAUACACUUUGUUCAACCUGUAAAGGAAAAGUGCAUAACCGAUGUCCAACUUGCCGGCAAGAACUGGGUGAUAUCCGAUGCCUUGCUCUUGAGAAGGUAGCAGAAGCACUCGAACUUCCCUGUAAAUACUACUCACUUGGAUGUCCAGAGAUAUUCCCAUAUUACAGUAAAUUGAAGCACGAAGCGGUUUGCAAUUUCAGACCAUAUAACUGUCCAUACGCCGGUUCAGAAUGCUCUGUAAAUGGAGACAUACCUUUUCUAGUUACCCAUUUGAGAGACGAUCACAAAGUUGAUAUGCAUACAGGUUGCACUUUUAAUCAUCGUUAUGUUAAAUCCAAUCCUCGUGAAGUUGACAAUGCAACCUGGAUGCUCACAGUAUUCCAUUGCUUUGGGCAAUAUUUCUGUUUGCAUUUUGAAGCAUUCCAGCUGGGAAAGGCUCCAGUUUACAUGGCGUUUGUACGUUUCAUGGGUGAUGAAGGAGAUGCACGCAACUAUAGCUACAGUUUGGAGGUUGGGGCGAAUGGUAGAAAGCUGACAUGGGAAGGAACGCCGAGAAGUGUAAGGGACAGUCAUAAGAAGGUUAGGGACAGCCAUGAUGGUCUCAUAAUCCAACGCAAUAUGGCGCUUUUCUUCUCCGGCGGUGACAGGAAAGAGCUCAAGCUUAGAGUUACAGGCAGAAUAUGGAAGGAACACCACCAAAACUCAGAUAAUAACAUUGCUGCUUCUGCUGUUGCUGCUGCUGCUGCUCUUUCCAUUCCAAACCCCACCUCCCUCCUCUCAUCUACUACACAAAUCUAAUUAAACACACACCAUUCUUUUAGUUUUCA